CAAAUGAGGACAGGCAGGGAAAGAGGAGAGAAAACAUACCAUAGACACCCUAAAGAAAGGUUGGUAAACAACUAAAAGGAAAUCUCUCUCUCUCUUUCUCUCCUUACAAAAAUAACACACACACACGCACACACACACCACACACACACACACGAAAGGAAAUAGACCUAAGAGAGGUGCCGUGGCAAACGCUCAACCCCGAAACAUCUCCCAGCUGAGCUAGAGGGAGAGAUGGCGGGGCUGGGAAGAUUUGCUGCCGGGUUGCCUUUGAGAAGAGUGGCUGUCACGCCCACCUUGGUCACCUCAAGGAGACACGUGGCAUCCGGAAGCCAAGGGGAGGCAGUGAGGAUUGGAUGUGCCAGUGGCUUUUGGGGCGACACUCCCACAGCAGCCCACCAGCUCAUCCGUCAUGGUCGCCUGGACUUCCUCAUGUUUGACUACCUCUCAGAGAUCACCAUGUCCCUUCUUACUGCUGCCAGAGCCAAGAAGCCAGAGUUGGGCUUUGCACCAGACUUUGUCCUUUAUGCUCUGGGGCCUCACCUAGCAGAGAUGAAGAGGCAAGGCAUCCGGGUGCUGAGCAAUGCUGGCGGGAUCAACCCAGAAGGCUGUGCAGCUGCCCUCAGGCAGGCUGCUAAAAAGGCUGGAGUGGACAUCAAGGUUGGGGUGGUGACUGGUGAUGACUUGAUGCCCCAAAAGAGUGACCUGCUGGAGGCUAUUUUGUGUGACAUUGCCUCUGGACUUCCUCUUCCUGCCUCAGCUCACAGCAUCAAUGCAUACUUAGGGGCGGUGGCCAUGGUGCGUGCUUUGGAGCAAGGUGCUGAUGUGGUGGUGACAGGGAGAUGUGCUGACAGUUCCAUGGCCCUGGCACCACUCAUGCACUCGUUUGGUUGGGGUCCUGAUGACCUAGACCAGCUGGCAGCAGGAAGCCUGGCAGGUCACCUGAUAGAGUGUGGUGCCCAGGUGACCGGCGGCAUCUUCACAGACUGGCACACUGUUCCUGGCUGGCAUAACAUUGGGUUCCCCAUCGCUGAAGUCUCCCCCAGUGGACGCCUCAUCAUCACCAAGCCUGAGGGUACUGGGGGUCUGGUGAGCACAGGGACAGUGUCUGAGCAGCUCCUCUAUGAGAUUGGAGACCCACGGGCAUAUGUGUUGCCUGAUGUGGUGUGUGACCUGUCAGGGGUGCAGAUGAGGGAGGUGGAGGCAGGUGUGGAGGUGUUGGGUGCCAAAGGAAAGCCCCCCACCGAUAAAUACAAGGUUUCCUCCACAUACCUGGACGGCUACAAGGCCACUGCAGUGUGUGCGGUGGGUGGCCCUCGAAGUGCUGCCAAGGGCCACAGGACAGCUGAGGCCAUACUGAAGCGGUGCCGGGGGAUCCUGAAGAGCUUGGGCAUGUCUGACUUUGAACGGACACACGUACAAGUGCUGGGGGCUGAGGACACUUAUGGCCCUCAUGCCAGGGCAGACGAUGGGGCAAGGGAGGGUGUGGUCUGGUUCUCAGCCACCCACAAGAACAAGAAGGCCCUGGAGGUGUUUGGGAUGGAGAUAGCAGCAGCAGGCACUGGCAUGGCGCCUGGACUGACGGCUAUUGUUGGGGGGCGGCCCAAACCCUCUCCCUUACUCCGGCUCCACUCAUCUCUCAUUGAGAAGGAGAGAUGCAAGGUAAAAGUAAAUGUGGAAGGUGAGGAGAGUAAAGUAGAGGCUGGCACCCAGAACACUGUCCCAGCCUCUAGUUAUGACCUGCCACACCAACCCACCUCUGAUGUCCCUGACCUUAAGACUGGCCCUCACAGCUAUCGUCUGGAGGAGCUUGCAUUCACCCGCAGUGGGGAUAAAGGGAACUCCUGCAAUGUGGGUGUGGUGGCACGCAGCCCAGCCCUCUAUCCUUACCUGCAGAAGGCCCUCUCAGCUGCUGCAGUUGGAGAGUACUUCAGCCAUGUGUGGGGACCAGAGCUGGGUCCUGAUGCUCCUCAUGAAUGUGUUAAGAGGUAUGAGGUUCCAGGGAUCCACGGCCUCAACUUUGUGCUGGAGAAGUCACUGGGCGGGGGUGGUGUGGCCUCCCUCCGCUCCGAUCCACAGGGCAAGGCUUAUGGUCAGAUGCUGCUUGACUUCAAGGUCACAGGGAUGCCUGAUCUUGCUUCUCUCAGGGACUAGUCAUAAUGUUCCUCUUCAUAUUGCUCUUUAUGCACUCUUUUAGGCAUGCCUCAGGGUUAUUGUUGAUUUCUUAGGGUCUAGUUCAUACUCUAUUAUCAUUAGUUCACAUAAAAAGCUCUACAAAACUACACCAUUAUUGAAGCUUUAUUGUUAAAGUUUGAUAUUUUCAUAAGCAGUAAUGCACAAGUUAAGUGUGCAAAACCAGAAUCUGUGAUAGUUUUUUAAGACAGUGAUCUUGUGCAGUAUUUGGUAAUUGGAUCCAAGCUUGUCAGAAAACUAAACAGAUAUCUUUUUGAUAUCUCACAAACACUAGUUUGCUAAAGAAAAAAAAAUAAAUAAAAUUUGCAAGAUGAAGGUGGAGACUUAGUUUUUUGGUAAUUAGUCAUAUUUUACUUUCAAAUGCUUUUAUGUUUGGUAGUUUUUGAUAUUAUAAGGGAUGGUAUUUGAUUAAUACUUAAAAUUAAUAUAACAUUUGGAACUGAGUGAGUAAAUUUUUCUGCUUGGCAGUAAAUAAAACUUGUGGGUGGCAUAUGGUCACUUUAUGGAGGUGUUUGUCAUGAUGCUGGUGACACAUUGGAUUAGGAGCAACAGCAUUCACUCUGUUGCAUCACCUGCUACAUUCAGGGAAUUAUAUUUUCAAUAAAUUUUUUUAUGGAAAUAAUCUAUUUUUAUACAAUGAUGCUUGUACACAUUGAGCUACAAUGUGUUUCCCUGGUGUGAAUGAGUGGCUUGGCCAUGAAUGUUCUUUUUGUGAACUGAAUUGUAUUGGUUGUAGUGUUGCAGUUUACUGAUAAAAAAAAAAUGGUGUGUAUAUAUGUAGGUAUGUAAAUACAUGGAGACUGAUGCA